AUGGCGCCGAUCAGUGGCACUCGAAUGAAAUGGAGGAGGUGGAAAUGGUUCAGGGUGAUCAUAUUUUUGUUGAUGGCCGUUGGGAAUGAUGCGAGAGGUAAGUCACGGAUUAAGACUUGUGUAUAUUGGGUGAAAACAAAACUUUUGCCGAAUUUUUCAAGGGCAAAAAUUGACUUGUGGCGGCCGGAAUAAAAAAAGCUUGUUUCCGAAAGAGCACGAUAAACUAGGAGUGUCGGCUAGACGGGAAAAGUUUAUCUGGCUCUCAUGGCCAGAUAAAUUUUUUUAGUUAGUCUGAGAGUCUAUAACAAACUCUUCAGUUGCUAGAAAUUUUUAUCGCAAUUUACAAACAACUUUUUUGUGAACCAUUUAUGGAAAAACUGCUGUCGUAUCCUGUGGUACUUCAAAUCUCUUUUCAGGCGCGGAUCAAAUGUUUGAACUGCAUCCAGAAUACAUUGAUCUGUUUCUUCAUCGAGCAACAACAGUGGCGCUGUUUGAGGUAAGUCAUCAAACAAUCUAAAAACCCUUUUUUUAGUAAUCAAAAUUCAAGCCUCCGUAAAACGAAUCGCAAAAGUCAAAAAAAGUUUUUUGUAUAGGCGUUUCAUUUUACGGAGGUUUAUUUUGGCCUAAUAUGUAUUGAUUCCUGUGGCUUCUAGAGUCGUUCUUUAGAGGCAUAUCUUUUUGUUCAUGAGUUUAUUGCACAGGGGUUUUACUGAACAGACAAUAACGACUUGUGAUUUCCAGGCCAAGGCCAGAAAAGAGCUCCGGAAGCUCUCAAACUCUGAAGAAGUCAUUUUCAAGGAGUGCGCGUCUUCUGCAAAAACAGUUUUGGCCAUGGCCAAGUGUGUGAAUCGAGUUUUGGACACCAGAGACAAGAUGAAUGCGGAUAUUGUAGAGGAUAUUCCAGCAGAUAAUAAUUGUGAUUUUGAUCAUAGCGAUGGAAAUUGGGUUAUGGGACUGAUGAGGACUAUAUACAGGACAUUUGGAUGUCCAAAUAAGGAGAAUGAAGAGGAAAAGAAGAAGAAAAAAGAGUUCACAAUGAAGAUUGGUGGGUUUUAAAAUACGUUGUGUAGCAUUGUUUUUUCUUGAAAAAAAUGCAUUUAAAAAAUUGUUUAUGUCCAAUUUCAUACUUCCAAACUUUCAGACAUCAAAAAAGCCAACCACACCACGUCGGAAUCCCUUUUUCCAAAGCCCGCACAACGCAUAAUCCACACACUGUAUCCGGCGAGACUUCGAUACAAUCGAACUUCUCGACUCGAUGCUCUCAGACGUCGAGUUUUUCAGUUUGGCCCUCAUCAACGAACAAUCAAGUUCAACAAUCCAGAGCCAGAGGUUCAAGGGAAAGAAAGGAGUCGCUGGGAGCGAAGGCGACCGAAAUUGGACAUCAAAAGGCUGAGGAAAAGGGAGACAAGUGAGUUAUUUUUGUAUGUCAAAUCGGGGCUAAGGUAGUACAACCCCCCAGUCCAGUUUAGCCCCCCAUAACCCAGUACAACCCCCCUCGUCCAUUCUGAACCCCAAAAUUUAUUUCAAAGAAUUAAUCCAAGUUGUAUGGUCCAGCACAAGCCCCCUACGUUUCAGGUCAAACCCCCAACGUAGUAGAUCAAACCCCCUCUUACAUUUUUUGUAUUAUUCUAACUUGUUCAUUAUGUGGGGCACAUCAACCACAAAAAAAAAAGUUUCAAAUCGGGAAAACUGUUUGCAUAACUUUGUUAGGGUGCCCAAGGGUAGCUCAAAUUAAAAAUUGGAAACGAGUCGGACUGACCAAAAAAUAGUAGUAGUAGUAGAUUUGAAAACCUUAUUUUAGACAUCUUUUGCUACUAAAUCGUUUCGUAACGAAGCAAUUGCCUAAAUUCUUUUUUCUAUGAGCAUAAUUAGAGUAUUUUUAGAGAACAAUAAGCAACCCUGUGUCAUAUACUAGCUUACUCACUCAAAAUUCCAAAAAAAGUGAUAUUUAGGUGACUAAAAUAAUAUUUUAAAAAUCUGUAAAUUUUGACUCAGCUAGGUCCACUAUGAUCUAAAAAGACAAUAAGAGCAUAAUUAGUGGCAUCCGCACCAGUUUAGAAGCUGUUCUAAGAACCUUGUUUUAGGUGAUAUUGGCCAUUUUUGAAAUUGGCGCAGCGAAGUUGAAACCAACUCCAAAAGCUCAGUAUAGCCUUAGAAAGCCAUCUCAAUUUACAUAGAUAAUUUUAAAACUUUGACUUCAGUCAUAAACUUUCAUUAUUUUUGGUAUAAGAUCAGGUAUGCUACUAUAAGGUAAAACUUUUUUUCGACCUAAGAGUUAAAAUUUUUGCAGUUAAUCUCCCUUAACAGGAUGUUAUGAGAUAAUAUAGUUAAUUAAUUAGACUAUUUAACGCUGUCGGACAUUAAAAGCUGCCCAAAGUAAUAUAAUCCAUAAGGUAAAAAAGCUUAAAAUCGCAUCUACUUUUUUAUUAUCUGUCCGAUUUGCUUCAAACUUCGCAUACUACCUUAGAAUGCAAUAUUCUGAAGAUCGUUGCAAUCACUUUCCGUGUUUCAAUCGUUUUAGACAAGUUAUUCUGCCGCAAAGUUUGCAAAAAUUCGAUUUUCUCCGGCCGUUUGUCGCUAACCUGGUGGCCGAAGAACGCCAAAAUCUAUUAAUUUAAAAAAUAUGGGUCCUUGGCAAUGUUUUAAUCGCAGGUUCAUGUUAUUUUGUUCAUUACCCACUGCACAGUAAGCUAAAACAUUAGAGACUCUUAAAAAACCGAAUGCCAAAAAUCUUGGCAUUCUGUUUGUGGUUGAUGUGUGGGGUGUGAAGCGGACAAAACAGUGGGGGUUUGAACUACCGUUCGUGGGGGGCUGAACUACCGAAGCCCCGUCAAAUCUUAUGUAAUAAAACAAUGUAUAAAAACAAUAAAUUUUUAAGGUAAACCGCAAAUCCAAAAUGUCAGCAAACGAUGUGAAAUCCCGAAAAAUGUGGCCUUGUUGAGGAAUGUUCAGUCAUAUUUCGAUAAGAUGAAUCACGUCAUCCGAUUUACUUAUAGGAUGGGGAAAUCAAAUGAAAAGUAAGCUUACUUGGAUUCUCAAAAAUCUUGAUAUAGAACUGAAGCCCUCCGCAAAAAUGCUUUCAAAUUUUUUAAGCGAAAGAUUGCUACAAAAUAAGUGUCCUACAACCAGAUAUCUUUUCAGAUUUUUCAAAGAGAUGAACGACAAUGUUGCCUUUCAAAAUCGCCCUCCGAAUGGGAAAUCGCCCUACGAGGAGAUGCAAAAAAUGAUGCAGCAAAUUGAAGAAUUUGAUGACAAAGGAGUGAUCUCCAUUUUAUCUCCAAAACUCUUCAAUUUAAUGCCAGAUCAACAGGAUCCGGAGUCCAAACGAUACAUGUCUCCCAACAUGUUGAGCUUCCAAGACGAGGGGAUGUUACCGUUGCCAAGACUGUUUAAGGCAAGUUUUAAAGAGGGUAAAAUACGCUUCUUUACAUCAAAAUACGUCAAGGAUGAAAUUUUCCACAGAAAAAUUAUUUUUUGUUGUAAAUGAAUAUGAAUACACACGAAAGAAUACGCCAUAAGAAGUUCUUGACUUGCGGCGUAUAGCUUCUCAUCUCGAUUUAAUAUUUUUUGAGUUCUGCGAGAAAAAAUUCUUUUCGGAGAUCUUAUCGAGAAAUUUGCGAAUUUUAAGAAAUUACUUUGUCUAUAAUACUAACAAAAAAUUAUCAAAUAGCAACAAAAAAUCAACAAAAAAAUCACCGCUAUCAAAAAAAUUUUUUUGUCUAGUAGUACAAGUUUUUUAAUCAAAAAAACUUUUAGCUCAGCAACACUGAUGAAUGUGAAACCCUAAAAUGGCUCGACCUCCUCCUUGAUUUUACCGGCGGCACGAAAAUGUUGAACGGCCAUGUCCAACGGCUUGGGGAGCAUAUGAAAACAGUCGACGAAAUCCUCUACCCCAGGCUGUUGGAGACUGAGAAGAUGGAGAAACAUUACGAUAAAGUGCAUUCCAUGUCGUCGGAAGAGCAACGAAGGCAAAUGAAAAAGUUUGGGUAUGCACCGUUGAAUGCGAAACAACUGGAGAUGAUGUAUGGCGAUAAAGGUGGGUGAGAGAAAAAAGCUGAAAACGGUGUUUAUAAGGCCUUCUGAUCAAGGAUUUUUCGAAUUUUCUUCUGAUUUUAUCAAUGUAAUUUACCUAGAAUACUUAUCAACAUCUAAAAAAAUUUAGCUAUACAUAAAAAAGCAUGGUUUAUACAUCCUCAAAAAAUACAAAAAAUCUUUUUUUCCAGGAGUUCUCCCCGCCUACAAUGUGGAUGUAAAAUCUCAUAUGGAGGAUCCAGACGCGGCUCUCGAGAAGACAAUUCGCAAACUCUCAAGUUUGACGCCGGAAGAAAUUGCGGAGGUCGAAAGAUACCAAAAAGACGAAUCCACGAUAAAAGUCGGCAAAAUGGACGAAAAAACAGAUAUGCCGUUUCGAACACGACGCCAGGCUCCAGCCCCACCGAGAAGGCCGUCAUUUUUUGAUUUUCGAGAUUUGGAUCCAUUUGCGUUCACCCAACGGAUCUCAAAUCCCAAUAUUUUGGGACAUUAUGUCAUCUCACCGUACGCAUUUUAUUUGCAAGUCUUCUCACCAACGUUGUUGAACGUAAGUGGCGAUUUUUGGAACAUUGGCGAUUAUUUUGACAUUUUUUUGCCUACCAAGUUUUUUGCUUGGCCAUUUCGAAAGGUUUUCUUUCGGCCGGCAUAGUUUAUUUUUGUAGAGAGCUUUUGCUAUGUAUAAUAAUACUUAUGCUUCCAUUUCAGAUGGAAAUCAUCAAUCCCCGUGCAUUUAUUGCGACCAUUUUCUCGCCGGUUGUGUUGGUCCUUCGAGUCCUGUCGCCCUCCGCCUUCCGCCUUAUGUUGUUCUCUCCACUGAUGUUAAUCGCCUGGAUUAUGGUCCCAGAAGCAUUUUUGGCCAAGAUCUUCUCUCCCAAGCUGUUGGAUGCCCGUAUUUUGUCGCCGGAAUCCUUCUCGGCGAUUGUGUUGUCUCCUGGAGCGGGAGUAAUGCGUAUAGCGUCGCCGAAUGCAAUGAAUGUGUUGGUAUUGUCACCCUCGAUAUUCACUUAUGGUCUCUGGUCGGGUAAUCGGUAUGUGGUGCAGGUGUUGUCUCCCGGUUUGGUGGGUGUGGAUCAGCAUCCAUUACUGAAGCCGGAACCAUAG